AUGGCGUUCCUUCUUGGUCGUAUGAAGAUGAACUUUGGGAGACUCACUUCAUCAUCUUCAUCACCCACAAAUGUAUCCACAACGAUAGCAGCAAAUUCAGCCGCCGAUUUUCAGUCAAAUGCAAAUUCAAUAUCAUCACCAUCUUUAUCAUCGUCGUCAUCAUUGUUUUUUCCAUCGGGUGAUGAAUUAAUAAUUGUGAAUAUUUUAGAGUUUUUAAAUUCGGGUGUGGUGGAUAUUAUUGCGUGUGCUAAUGUUUGUUCGGAUUGGAGGAGAGUGUGUGAGUCUGCUUUGGUUGAUUUGCAAUUUUCUAAUCAUGUGUAUAGUAGAAAGAUAUUAGGAAAGGUUUAUAGAGAAAUUGAGAAUCCAGACAAGUAUCGUUUCUUUGAUUAUUUCUCAUCGAUAAAGAUUACAUUGCCAAAUAGUGAAGUAUCUCAGAAUAUUAUACAGAGAUUGCUGAAAACAAAAAAGUGUGAAAAAUUGGGAUUGAGGAAUUUCAAAGUCAAGUUUAGUGAAAUUUAUAAGAAAAAUAUCGUUGCUGCGAGGAUAAAGUUUAUAGAGCUGAGCAAGUGUGAAGUGGAUUCAUUGGAAUAUUUCGAUAAAAUAUUUCCCAACUUGAAGAGUUUCAAAUUUAGUGGAACAAUACAAAAGUCAUCUAUUGAGAGCUUUGUAAAAACAACAUUUACUAAUUUGGAGUCUAUUAAUUUGGAAAUUCAGACAGAGGAACAAUUUACCUGUUUGGUUUGUCCAAAAAAUCCGUGUGUAAAUAUGAAAGAAUUUCAGCUCUACUCCAAAUUGCAAAACUGUGGUGAUUAUCAAGUCAAGUUCAAUAGAGAAUUCUUCCCAAAUAUGAAAUCUCUAUUCUUUUCCAUGCAUUCAGCUUACAAUGAAAAGGUAUUACAAAAUUGUGAUUUGGAAGUUGACUCUUUACGGAUAAGGGCAAGAGUUUCAUCUGUGGCUCUCUCAAAGUUGACCAGUCUCGUCCAUUUGGAAGUCAAGACACUUUCAAGUUUGGAUAAUUUACGACUACCAAAUUUAAAAACCCUCACACUAGAUAGUAAUUAUGAUUCGAAAUCUCACACAGUCAAGCUUCCAUACAUGCACUUGCCAAACCUUGAGAGCUUGACCAUUUCGGAUAGAAAAGGCAUUGUGGAACUUUCUAACUUGAUUCAGUUUACAAAAUUGAAAACUCUCGAUAUUGAUUGCGAUUCACUGAAAGAGGUUAAAACCGUUCGAGAAUUAAAAACAUUGGAAGAUAUUUCAAUUGGUUGUCAUUUCAAAGAAGGAGGCAUUGAACAUUUGGCAGAUUUGAAAAUUACCAAGUUGAGAAUAUUUUCAGGUCAAGUAGAAAACGAGAAUAUGUAUGUCAUUUCCCAAUUGGAGCAUUUGAAACACUUGGAAAUUACAAUUGAAACUAUUGGACAAUUGGUGCUCCUUUCAGAAGGAAAACUUUCAAAUCUAACCUAUAUCAAAUUCUACAAGACGAAGAAGCGUCUGGAUUUAUAUGGAGCAUUGGCUCAAGCUAACUGUAAAAACCUUGUACAAAUCAAAUUCCAGAGUUUGGAUAUUCGCUCGGCAAGUGAAUUAUUACUCAAUAAUCCAUUUCCAAAGUUGAGAAUUUUAAAAUUAAGGAAAUCAUUUGACUUGAAAACAGCAAAGCACUUGGAUUUGUUGAAAGUACUUUUAACUACUGAUAGCUCUGAAUCUCCACUACAGGAAAUUCACAUAAAAUGCAAAGGAGACUAUACUAACAAUAAGGAAAUUCAACAAAUGAUUGAAAAAUCAUCAAGAAUCUUAUACAUUCAACCAAGAAAUAGCAAGAAAUGA